AUGUCGGAAACCCUCAAGCACCAACACCUAGGUGAAAUAGAAGGAAAGCCAGUAGAUGGCGCAGUCCAAUUCCUUGGCUUGCAGUAUGCUUCGUUAAAAGAUCGCUUGGCUGCACCCCAGCUCGUUGAUAGCUAUGGAUCUGGAACUACGGAUGCCACGAAAUUUGGUCCUCCUCCAGUAUCUCCAGUCGGUGCCAUUGAACGCGAAUUCGGCUUCAUUCAGCACUCCCUGCCACUCCCAGAGGUUCCGACGCAUUCCGACCUCGAAUGUCUGAACCUCAACAUCACUGUGCCGACCAACAAGGAUGGGGCUAUUGAUUCCAACGCGAAGUUGCCUGUCUUUGUCUUCAUACAUGGGGGCGGCUUUGCUGUUGGGAGUAGCUGGUACCCGCACUAUGAUCCAGCUCCCAUUGUGAAGAUGUCUGUCGAGAGGAAAAAGCCCAUCAUCGGCAUUACCAUCAACUAUCGACUGGGUUUCACAGGGUUUGCGAAUUCCGAAGAAUUGCGCAAAGCAGGAUACAAAGCGAACAACGGCUUUCGCGACCAGCGCACGGCUCUACAGUGGAUCAGGAAGUUCAUAGGCGGAUUCGGAGGUGAUGCAGAUGAGAUCACAGUAUGCGGAGAGAGCGCCGGUGGACUGUCUGCAACAGUAUUGCUCUGCUCGGAGGAGCCGCUGAUGAAGCGCUGUCUUAGUACUGGAGGAGCUGUGCUACUGUUCAAGCCCAUCCCAGAUUUUGUUGCAGAGUCCUCGUAUCAAAAAGCCAUCGAAGCUUUUGGCCUGACGGACAAGUCGCCUGAGGAUCGUAUCAAGGCCCUACUCAGUAUACCCUUGGAUGAUCUAUGGCAGAAGGUGCCACCCACAGCACCGAUGCUGCCUUCAGUCGACAAAGAUACCAUGCCGGGCUCACCAGAUUUCCUUACCGUCUCAUCUCAAGAAGACAGCCCAGCUUUCAUGAUGCCGGGUAGGAAGUGGUGCAAGGCCUUUAUGAUCGGAGAGUCAAAGCUGGACGCGAACAUCAUUGCAUACCUUGGCCUCGAUGCUCGCAAGCCAGGCGUCGCGCAAAAGUUCAUCGACUCCUGCAACGCCACACUGUCCACCAAGCCAGAGGUUGCGGAACAGCUGCUCACAUCCUACAAGAUAACCCCCGAGACUCCGGACGAAGAGGCUAUGCUAUCAAUAUUGCGCUUUGGUUCCGAGAUAUCUUUCUACGCGCCCGCUCGUGCCUUUGCCCAAGGCUGGCCCAACACACCCGACUCGAAGUUCUUCCUCUACCACUUCAACGAAGGAAUACCUUGGGAAGGUCGCUUCAAGGGCGAAGCAGGCCACAUUCUCGAUGUAUCGUACCUCUUCCAGAACUACAACGAGCACCUGGACGAUGCGCAGCAGAAGGUAGCACGAGAGUACGGGGAAGACUUCAUCAAAUUCGUCAACGGGGAGGAUCCUUGGCCGCCUGUAAAGACCGACAAGUUGUGUGCCAAGGUCUAUGGGCCUAGUGCCGAUGGUGUCACGAGCAGAUGGGUUCCAGAUGGUGAUCCAACAAAAAUUGGAAGAGAUGAGAGGGUACUCAAGCUGGGAGAGACGGCUGGAUUUGAUGCCGUUAUGGAGGUCUUCCAGAACUUCUUCCAAGGAAAGUAG